CCGAUUGAAAAGCCCCUUGCAGCUGUCACAAUGCAUUUUUUGUAAUCUUGUCUCAUCUCCGGCCCCACCAUCCACCGGUUCCGUCGUCGUCUCCGCCUUCAUUCCUAUAAAUUCGUAUAGAUUCCUUCCGAGAGAGGAAGAGAUAAGAGAGGGAUGGAGAUGAACGGAGAGCGGUGGAACAUCGAGGGGAAGGAGGAGAUGAAUAAAUCGUCGGUGACAGUCCGCGGUAGUCUGAAUCAGAUCUCUAGGUAUCUGAAUAGUGAGGAUGAUCGUCCGGUGAUUGGUUUUGGACAUGCCGAUCCUUCUGGCUUCCCCAGCUUUCGGACUUCUUCUGCCAUUGUUGAAGCCCUAGUUGACGCUGUUCGAUCCUGGAAGUUCAACUCAUAUCCUUCCGCGCAGGGCCUUCUUCCCGCCAGGAGGGCACUGGCAGAGUAUUACUCCAAGAGUCUGCCAUAUCAGUUAUCCUCUGAUGAAGUAUUUGUCACUGCCGGUUGCUUACAAGCCAUUGAAAUCAUAAUAUCUGUACUAACUCGCCCUGGUGCCAACAUCCUGAUUCCUAGACCAGCAUUCCCACAUUAUGAAACGAGAGCAAUUUUUGGAGGCCUUGAAGUUCGCAAUUUUAAUCUCAUACCACAAAACAACUGGGAGGUUGACCUUGAAGCUGUACAAGCUCUAGCAGACAACAACACUGUCGCCAUAGUUAUCAUCAAUCCCAACAACCCUUGCGGCAGUGUCUACACAUCCCAGCAUCUCAAAGAGAUUGCAGAAACAGCAAGGAAACUUGGGAUUUUUGUGAUCUCUGAUGAAGUUUAUGCACACAUGGUGUUUGGGAAGAAGCCCUUUGUGCCGAUGGGCGAGUUUGGAUCCAUUGCGCCGGUGCUAACCCUUGGAUCUCUAUCGAAGAAAUGGUCUGUUCCUGGUUGGAGAUUGGGCUGGAUUUUAACUACUGAUCCUAAUGGCAUCCUGAAAAAACAUGGGAUUCUGGAGAGCAUCGAGAACUAUAAGGAAAUUAUCCCCCCUCCCGCAACCUGCAUCCAGGGAGCAGUUCCACAAAUUCUAGCGAAAAACAGCGAUGAAUUUGUUUCAGGUCUUCUUGAUUCACUGAAAACAAAUGCAGAUAUUUUAUAUGAAAAGAUCAACGAGAUCCCUUGUUUCACUUGCCCAAACAAACCAGAAGGAUCAAUGCUUGCAAUGGUGAAGCUGAAUCUAGAACAACUUAAAGGGAUCGGAGACGACGUAGAGUUCUGCAGCAAGGUGGCUAGGGAAGAAUCUGUGGUGAUUCUCCCAGGUAUUGCCGUUGGGUUGAAGAAUUGGCUGCGCUUCAGCUUUGGGAUGGAGCGUUGCGCCAUUGAAGAUGGCAUGGCAAGGUUGGAAAGCUUCUACCAAAGGCAUAAGCUCCAUUAGACACAGAAUGGCGUGCCGUACCUCUGUCGAAAGUGUCAGGAUAAAAGUCUCAUGCUCUCUCAAUCGUUACUGAAAA